CCUGCGAAUUGUCACCACAAUGAUACUCGCAACUGCCGUCCUCACAAAAGUUGCAGAAUGGUUUUCCGCUGCACAUAAGAUAGUGCCCCGGCCCAGUACUAUAUAUCUCAUCCAUCUACUUCUCGUUGCUCUUUUGAUUCUCAUAGCUACUAGUAUCUACCUUGCACAUCGUCCUAGAAAUGUAUACCUUGUCGACUACACUUGCUUCCGGCCAAGCUCCAACUUUAGAUUCCCAAAGGCAACCUCCGUCGAGCAUGCACGUCUCUCGCCUUUGCUGGAUGAUUCUACUGCCAACUUCAUAGCUAGUAUUCAUGAGCGCUCAGGCAUGGGCGAUCAAACAUAUUUCCCACCUGUAGUUAUGCACAUGGAGCCAUAUUGUGCGCUUGCCGAGGCACGCACUGAAGCAGAGUUGGUCGUCUUCUCGGUGAUUGAUGACCUUCUAGCCAAGACAUGCAUCAACCUUGAUGGGGUCGGUGUUCUUAUCACCAACUGCAGCUUAUUUUGCCCGGUACCAUCCAUCGCCGACAUGAUUGUUAAUAGAUACAAGUUACGAGGUGACCUUCGCGUCAUGAACCUCUCUGGGAUGGCAUGCUCUGCAUCAGUGACCGCAGUGGGGCUCGCGAGCAACACCCUGCAAUUCAUGCCUUGGGGGUCAUACGCGUUGGUGGUGUCGACGGAGAUCAUUGGCCCAUGUUACUAUGUGGGAAAUAAUCGCUCCAUGCAGUUAUCUAACAUACUGUUUCGUAUGGGCGGUGUCGCCAAGCUUUUGUCAACUUCUAGGUCCAAGGCUCGAUUUCGGCUUGGGCAUUUCACGCGGACGAAUACGGCGGCAAGCAACAUUGCAUACAAGUGUGUAUACCAAGAAGAAGAUGAGAAGGGAAACAUAGGGGUUGCUCUCUCCAAAGACCUUAUGGCUGUCGCUCGUGACGCGCUCAUCAAUAAUAUCACUGCAACUGCGCCUCUUGUCCUUCCACCAUCAGAACUUUUCAAGUUUUGGCUCUUCUGCAUGGCGAAAAAGGUGCUUCAUUGGAGGAAGAUCAGACCACACAUCCCAAACUUUUGUGCUGCAUUUGAUCAUUUCUGUAUCCAUGUUGGUGGGCCGGCGGUUAUCACCUCAGUACAACAUGGCCUCAGCCUAUCAGACAAGCAUGUUGAGCCAUCACGAAUGACACUCCAUCGGUUUGGAAAUCAAUCAACCUCAUCGAUAUGGUAUGAGUUGGCAUACAUCGAAGCUAAAGGCCGGAUGAAAAAAGGCAACAGGGUGUGGAUGAUUGGGUUUGGUGCAGGGUAUGAAUGCAACACUGUUGGGUGGAUGUGUAUACAACCAUCUUCUUGUGAGGAUGGACCGUGGGCUGACUACAUCGAUCGUUACCCAGUGGAUCUCUCCAACAAAGUUUAAACUAAGAGGUUCAUCACGACAUCGACUACUACUACUAAGAAGAGCGCAUAGUAUGAUAGUCCAAUAAAUGGAAAUCCCUCCUCAAUUCCAUAACCCAAAAGCCAAUGGCCAUGUUUAGAGAGGGCAGAAUAGCCAUAUGUUGGGCACUUUAGACAUUAUUA